UCUACUUCAUCCUAGCACUUCCUUCGUCGUCGCUCUACGCGUCUUAGCACCUCAGACACGCAUCGGAAUAUGUACGGAUCCGCAGCUGCUCAAAAGGCCAAGCGACGCACCCACUCUCGUCCAGAGCUUUCGGAGGAGCAGAAGCAGGAGAUUAAGGAAGCAUUCGAGCUCUUCGACACGGACAAAGACGGCUGCGUCGACUAUCACGAGCUCAAAGUGGCCAUGCGUGCUCUUGGAUUUGAUCUCAAGAAGGCGGAGGUGCUGAAACUACUGCGAGACCAUGACAAGACAGGCUCGGGACUCGUCGAAUACGAUGACUUCGUCAAAAUCAUGACUGAGCGGAUUCUGGCGCGGGAUCCCAUGGAGGAGAUACGCAGGGCAUUCCAACUGUUUGACGACGAUAACACCGGGAAAAUUAGUCUGCGGAACCUGCGACGAGUGGCUAAAGAGAUUGGCGAUCGAUUGGAGGACGAGGAGCUGCAAGCAAUGAUAGACGAAUUCGAUCUUGACCAGGACGGAGAAAUCAAUGAGCAGGAAUUCUUCGCAAUAAUGACAGACGACGCGUAGCCUCGAGGCAUUGGCAGCCUCAAUUCUUCGCGGUGCCUGCCCUCUAGUACGGCUAGUCCCGUCUAGCCCUCGCGGGGUCUUUUGCACCCGCAGUCACUUGCCCGUUUGCUGCCAUAUCCUUGGGUUCCUGUGAUGUUCCGCCCUGCCGGGCUCGCUCCCCCAACUCUCUCGCUGCCUUUUUGCCGCUUUGUCACUGCCCAUGUGACUUUGAUCUCUCUUUCGAUUGUACUAUUAAUGUCUACAUACUCUACGUUCCCGACAGGACUGCUCGUUUUGUAGUGAAUUGGACGCCGGGAUUUCGAGUCCAUCUCCCAACCCCUUUCUGUGAACAAG